CCCCAUCCCGGCCAGACUCGCCCCGGAGGUCAGUCGGAAACCUCUGUGCGGGGGCUGGGAAACCCAGGUGUCCAGGCAGUGGGCAUUGCAAGGAGAAUUGUAUCUAGAGGUUCACUGUGACCCUUGCCACCUGCCUCUCCACCCACAACCGAGGUCCUCUCCGUCGAGCCUGGUCCCACCCACGCUGCCUCGGCGUGGGGCAAGGAGUCUCCUCGGCCGCACCUCCUGACUUCCCGCGGCAUCUCACUCAGGCCUCUGAAGAGCUUAGUUUGCCCCCCUGGAGAGUGGACCGCUGGCUUGGAGGUGUGUGCCCGGGAGCGGGGGACCCUGGGGGCCUGCUCACAACAGGCUUGUUCUUGCAGAGUCGCUCAAAAGUAGGGCCCCAGGGCUCGGAGCAGCUGGGUAUGGGUACUGAGAGUGAAAGUCCAGAACCGGACUGCCAGAAACAGUUCCAGGCUGCAGUCAGCGUCAUUCAGAACCUGCCUAAGAACGGCUCUUACCGCCCAUCCUACGAAGAGAUGCUGCGAUUCUACAGUUACUACAAGCAGGCUACCGUGGGUCCCUGCCUGGUCCCCCGGCCUGGGUUCUGGGACCCUAUUGGACGUUAUAAAUGGGACGCCUGGAACAGCCUGGGCAAGAUGAGCAGGGAGGAGGCCAUGUCUGCCUACAUCACUGAGAUGAAGCUGGUGGCACAGAAGGUGAUCGACACGGUGCCCCUGGGCGAAGUGGCAGGGGACAUGUUUGGUUACUUCGAGCCCCUGUACCAGGUGAUCCCUGACAUGCCGAGGCCCCCGGAGACCUUCCUGAGAAGGAUCACAGGUUGGAAAGAGCAGAUACUGAAUGGAGAUGCUGGGGCUGCCCCAGAAGCUCCCCACCUCCCCAAGGAACCAGCACCCCCAAGCCCAGAGUCCCAGCCCCCCAGGGACCAGGACUCUGAGGUUUUUUGUGAUUCCCUGGAGCAGCUGGAGCCUGAGCUGGUUUGCGCAGAGCAGUGGAGUGCCCAUGGGGGAGAGCUCGACACCAGGAACAGCCCGGAGCCUCCUGCAGGGAAAGGGAAGGCAGAAGGCAGCCCACCGGGGUCCCAGGAAUUGGACGCAUGGCUGGUGGGGACAGUACGGGCACUGCAGGAGAGCAUGCGGGACGUCCAGGGCAGGCUGCGGAGCCUGGAGGGCGUGCCCGGCCCCCCCAAGCAGGCUGCUCGCUUCCAGAGCCCUCUCCCGCGCCCAGGGAACUUUCUGGAAGGCCAAGGCCUGCAGGAGCUUCGUCCCCGCCCCUCCCCGAGUGAGCACAGACCCCUGGGGGCCACCAGCUGCUGUGGGCUGCUCUGGUUCCAACAUUUUGAGUUAACCCCUGUGUGAAGAUGGACAACUGAAGGGGAGGGAGAGAGGGUCCAAGCUGGUGCUGGGGAUGCGGGCCUGGGGCAGAAGCCAGCUCCACCACUUGCUAGCUGUGUGACCUGGGCAAGACUCUUAACUGCUCUGAGCCUGGGUCACCUUAUUUGUGGAAUAACGACGAGGAUCUCUUCGUUGUAAAGGCAGUCCAGGGGUUUAUAUGAGCAGGACAUGUAAAAUGCCUGGUGAAGAGUUAAACCUCAGCUAAUAGCAGGGUGCCUGGCCUCUUGUUUCAUAGAAUUCUGGAAUUCCACAACCCAUGAGUCUGGCCACGCCUCCCCUAAUAGGACAAAUGAGCCCAUGCAGCUGAGCCCUAUCCAGUAGACCAGGCUGGGCUCAGCUGUACCUUCCAAAGCCCCUGACUGAGGAUAGCCAGGAGUCCUCUGGUGUCUGAAACUGUGACUGUGGAGUUCUCUGCAAAAACCCUUUACCUCAGGGAGCUCCCAGUAUGAGGGGCAGUUCUUGCUCUCAGGGCACCUGCAACUGAUGAGCAGGACAGAGGAGGGGCAGGCUUUUCAGAGUUCUUGAAAGCUCAGGGAAACAGGCUAGGAUGUUCAAUUUCAAAACAUCUGGAGGUGCCCCAGGGGCACUGUUGCUUGCCUUUUCCCUUUGGGCGUGCCCAUCAUCGCUUCCCCAAGGACAGCUCCUGAGUCUCCAGACAGGUCCUUUCUUUGGACAAGUUGCAUGUGCUUUGUAGAAUGCCCUACUUCAUGCUACUCAAAGACAGCCAAGAAGUCAUCUCCUGCAUGAAAUCUGUCCACAAUUCUCAACUCCUAAGCAAUUUGGCUCAUAAACUCCCACCAGGAUUUUCUUCACUUGCUAUUCUGGCUUACUGUGGUUGGGUCGUCUCUCCAAACAGUCCCUGAGUAGCAAGGAUGAUACUUUAUUCAUCAUUGUGCUCUCUUAUCAAAUCAUUGCCAAAGGAAGAAAUAAGAGCCUAAGUUAGGCUGAAGCUGUUGGGGAUGAAAAGGAACUAAAUCCAGGAGUUCCUGUUGUGGUUCAGUGGGU